UAAUAACAAAUAAAAUUAACGGCUUAGUAUUCAUUCGUCAUUUAACUGAUUUGCACGAAUCUGCAAAGUUUUUGUACCAAAAUGGAUAAACCAAAGCUUCCCGAUAAUGUUAAACAAGGAAUGUUUCCAAAAAAACUUGAUACGUUUACAAUUAUUAACAAACGUUUCACACUAUCCUUCUUAAUGAAUAUUGGAUUUACAAUAAUGUUUUCUGGAAUUAUAUUGACACAUGGAAAUAGAUGUUUGAUGUCAUCGCAUGGAAAAAUUGAGGACCCAUUUUUACAUGUAUCUGGUUUCUUAGUAGGGUACCUCAUAUCUCAAAUUCCGGCUGCUUGGAUUAGUUUCAAAGUUUCUCCCUUAAUUUGGUUUGGUCGAAGUAUUUUAGCGCAUUCAAUUCUAUUAUUUUUAAUUCCAUUCUUUGGAAGUGUUGGCUACGUAUAUUUUACAAUAAUGAAAUUUAUUGAGGGUGUGGUAUCAGGAAUCGCACUUAUUGUAUUCCAUGCAGCUUGGAAAAAUUGGACGCCAGCCGGUGAUAGAUCUACAUUAAUUACAUUCGGUUUUUCUGGACGAUAUUUAGGUGAAUUUUUCGGUGAAUUGAUGGCAAAUUAUUGUCCAGAAUUACCAGCUUGGAUAAUACUGUCUUGUAUAAUUGGUAGUUGCGGUAUAACUUGGUGGUUUGCAUGGAAGAAUAUGGUUUAUGAAACACCAAAAAAACAUCGAACUAUAAGUCAAACGGAAUAUAAUAAGAUACAUCCAAUCAUUCAAAAAGAAAUACAACCAACUGAAAAUUUGUCAUGUAUACAAAUAAUUUUUUCCAUCCCCUGUCUAGUGUUGGUAAUUGUUAAUGUAUUUCGUGCAUGGAAUAAAAACCUCCAUGCAGACAUAAAAGAGGAUAUGUUUGCUCGUGUUAUAAAAAUAAUCUCAUUCCCACUUGCUGGAUAUUUUGCUGAUAUUUUAGUACGAAAAACUUCAUUAACAAUAAGUCAUGUACGAAAAUUAUUUAUUUCUGGCGUCAUUUUGCUGGAAGUUACUUACUUCAUAUUUUUGACAUAUACGGAAGGUGUAAAGAUGGGAAAGUGGAUCUAUUGGAUUAUAAUUUUUAUGGAAAUAUUAUAUAACGCAUCAGUUGGUGCAACAAUUGUAAACGCUGUGGAUAUUGCACCAAGUCAUGCUGGUGUUACAGUGGCGAUUAUGAGCAUUUGUUCGCAUGUUGUUUACGGAAUAUCGUUAAAAAUGGCAGUAUAUUUGCGUCAAAUAAAUUGGCAUGUUGCGGUUCAUUUUAUAGCAAUAAUGGGACAUUUAGUUGCUGGAAUAGUUUAUGGAAUUUAUGGAAUAGCAAAUCCUAUCACCAUGAAAUAAUAAUAUGUACCGUAAUAUUAUUUAUGAGAAGAGAUUGUAAUAAGAGUUAUUA